AUGAAGCGUGACGGUUUGGGCAACUGGCAGCCGGACAAAACUGCGCGUGCGCCGCUCCCGCGUGACACUCGCUGCGCCAUGCCGCGGCCGCCGCUGCUGCCUCUGCUGCUGCUGCUGCUGCCCGCGCUCCUGCCCGCGCUCGCGCAGGACACCGACGACUCCGCUAUCAACGCCACCGUUGUUGACGUCAGCAACGGGACAUCGGUUAUAUUGAUCGCCAGCAAUGACACGCUUCUUGAUGCUGCCAACGAGACCCUCGCAGACGGCGACCACGAGCCCGUCGUGAGGAAGAAACGUACCUUCGGAGAUAUAGUGUUCAGAGGAUUGGCCGAUGUUUUGGGAUACAGUGUCGCGAGAAAACCCCAAGAAGUGGCUUUCCCGCCGCCGCUCGCUCCCGUCCCCGGAAUAGACUUGCCGCUGCAGGCUGCCACGCCCGCGCCGGCUCCGGCGCCCGCGCCCGCUACAGCACCCUGCGGCACGCCCAGGGCCGCAGCGCCUCCGCCCUGUCGUGCCCAGGCACCAACCACCGCGGCCCCCCGCCCCAGGGCGGCACCGCCGUGCCCAAAGCCCCGGGCGGCUCCGAGACGCAGGCCCCGGCCUCGGCCGUCGCCGCCGCCACCUCCGCCGCCUUCGCCGCCACCCUGUGCCCAGCCCCGCGCCAACCCAUCGACCGCGGCGCCCUGCGCACCCGCCACCACACCGGCUCCGCGCCCUUCUGCACCGAAAGCCGAUAAUCUAGAAACUAUUACCUCUAACUUCCGUUUGCAUUUCAAUUUCAACAGAGCCCCGGCCGGGGCUGCCGCCGUCUCCGCGCCCGCGGAUGAACAGACCGAGGAACAGGAACUGGAACAAGAACAAGAGCAGGAGCAGGUUGCGCCGGUCGCCAUCGAGCCGCGCGCCGCCCGCCUGCCGCCGGCACAGGCGAGGAAGCCCCGGGUCUACGUCGACGCGUUUGUCGUCCGAAACGGAGUCCCUCAGAAAGUGGAUGCCCUCGACGCCCAACACCUGAACGCGCAACGGCUACCUCUCGAAGAUGAGUACCUUGUAUACGAUUACGAGGAACUGCAACAACUGCCUGACGAUGACUACGAAGACGUGCAGGAGUCUCGCGACAGAACCAAGGCCGUGAGCGACUUCAGCGACGCCGUCGACAAGUUUUGGGAACCGAAAAAACGGGGCAAGAAGAAGCUGCCGGCGAACGACUAUCGCAACGUACACUUUGGCGACCGCGGCCUUGCCGAUCUGAUCCGGAGACGUGACGAUGACGAAUCGCAUCAGAGCCUUAAACGGGAGCGACCGAGGGCGAAGCCAAAAACGUCUCCCCCGGCGGAGGCCGAGGCCGAGGAGGAGGCAGAAUCCACCACGACCACCGAGGACCCGAAGCGUCCGCUGAGGCCGCGGGUGCUUCCGCCCACUGAGCACAACCCCGGACAGAUCGACACCGUCACUGUGCGAGUGCCACCCAUUUACAAAGAGAGACGCCCGAAAAAAUUGAACCGCGAGAGACCGCAGCAUGACGAGUACCUGGACCACAGGGACCACUACGAGGAAAGAGCCGCGCGCGACAGGUCCACGGAACACGACGAGGACGCCGACGCCGAUACUGAGGGCGAAGACAGUGCGUGGACCGAGCGCACCCAGCGUCCCGCCCGGCGGAAACGUCGCAAGCAGCGCCGGGACAAACGCGCGGCCCGCGAAGAACCCUAUACCGCUGGGGACUACGAUUACUACGGAAACAAACUUUCAAUUUCUGACGAAGAAAAGUUUUUUAGAGGGCUAACAGUUCCUCCGCCGACGAAAUACGCCGAGUUCGCUCGCCUGGAGGAAGGGCCGGAAACGGGAUACUUUUUAGAUGAUCACGAAAGAAUUCGAGAGGAUCCGGAAAGGGUCGCGGAAGACGAAAGAUCGGGCGACAGGUAUCGGGCUGACAGCUCCGAGCGCGCCGACGAUUCGGGGGCGACCGACGACAAAGAGCGCUCGGACGAGGCGCGGGAGGCGGAGAGCGCGGAGGAGACUGGACGCGCCGAUGACAGCGGGCGCGCCGACGAGCGCGAGCGCACCGACCGGCUGGGCCCCAACGCGCGCGUACACGAGACCGGCUUCCAGAACAACUACGUACGCGCCACCAACGUUCAGGUCGACGACCCACACCCGCACGUCGCUUCCGUCAAGAAGAAAACCACCAAGAUCGGCAAGGCGUGA